AUGUCAAACAAGACAUUUACAUCCGAAUCAAUCCUUAGUUCAGGUGAAGAACAAUCAUCAAUGCCAAAUGUAAAAAAGAUCAAUUCAGAUACAGAAAUUAAUGAUUUUCGUUCAAAUUCAAAAAAAUGUUCAUCUGGUUCUCCUGACGUGAUCGUUGAAACUAUUUCACCAUCAAUUUCAUCAACAACAAACACUAAUAAAUCAAAUCAAGGUCACAAAACGAAAACAAAUUCUAACUAUAAAAAUCAAAGUCCUAAUCAACUAUUUACACAAGUCAAGCGAAACGGAUUACGUUUACGGGCCGUUUUCGGACAGUGA